UAGAAUAUCCUACCUGAUUAUCGCGAUAGUUUAAGUGAUCUGUUUAUUUUUUUGCCUGAUCUGAGACCUUUUCUUGUGGGGUGUUUUCCUCGCGAUGGCGAUUGCGCAACUCUUCGGGAUUUACGUGGGGGCAGAGGGAAUGACUUCACACGACGAGCUCGGAAACUUUGAUUCCCUCUUGAGAAGCAGGUAAGUACAGAUCAAAUGUCUCGUAAAAGCAGCAAACAUACGGUAUUCACCCGAGCACUGAAAAGUAACUAGAAUGUUAUGACUUUUAAAUUCUAAAACUUCCCAUAAACUCAGUCUCGUAUUCUAGUCUCGCGAUUUUUUCUUUGACCAAUCAGAACAGGGCGCUGUUGACAGGAGGUAAUCAUAUGUCACAGAAAUGCCAUUCAUUGUAUUUAUUUAUUAUGACUAUAAUUUUUUUCUACAGUAACUUUUUGUAACAAAUUAAGUAAAACGUUUACAAAAUUACGAUUUUAGCUAAAAUAUUGAACGUGGUAAACUAAAAGUGAAUUAAUGUCACAAAUUUAGAAGUAUGUUAUAACGUGUAUGUAUUGUGCUAAAAUAAUGUAUUACUUGUUUGGAGAUUUUUACAUUUUUAGAAUGCAUUUUUGAACUUAAAAUUAAUAAAAUGAGUAAAGUUGGAGGCACUAGCAUUGACUGUCAGUAGCUAACCUAAUUUUAAAAAAACAAUGUCAGAGUGAGAGCUCUUCCUUUUUCUGCUAUCCUCCGGUGGAGUGGUGACGUCGCCCCUCCAGCCGGUCGGUGUUCUGUCAGGAAGACGGCUACAGGAGGAUGCUGAGGCUGUUCGGUGCGCUGGUUCUCCUGGGACUGGCUCUGGCGUGCAUCACCUCCUGGGUGCUGGACAGCUACGACACGACUUGGCAUCCCAAGCGGAGCGUCCGGCCGCCGGCUGUCAGCGGGUCUGAAGCGACUACUCCCCCAUACCCCAAUGGGGAAUUCAGCAACAUAUUCUGGUUUAUUCAGGUUUCUGACAUCCACAUCAGUCGCUUUCUCGACCCUAAACGUACUCCGGAUUUUGAGAAGUUUUGCACCAAGACCAUUGAUGCGAUCAAUCCAGCUCUAGUGCUUGCAACAGGAGAUUUGACGGACGCCAAAACGGAGAACAAUGUGGGAUCCGUCCAGCAUGAGGUGGAGUGGCAAGCUUACCACAGCGUGCUGAAGAGGUCGCGUGUGAUGGAGCGCACCAAGUGGAUCGACAUUCGCGGGAAUCACGAUGCUUUCAAUAUUUUUUCCUCGGACAGUAUGAGCAAUUAUUAUAGGAAAUAUUCAGCCAAUAAGAAAAUGGGUUCUUUCCACUACAUUCAUCAAACUCCUUUUGGCAAUUAUUCCUUUGUGUGUGUGGAUGCCACCCUGACACCGGGUCCCAAGAGACCCUUUAACUUCUUUGGAAUUCUCAACCAGACUCAGAUGAACUUGCUGGACACGUUCAGAGCCGAGAGCCAAAAGAGCAACCAGUCGAUCUGGUUUGGCCACUACACCACCUCCACCAUCGUCUCGCCGUCUCCGGGAGUUAGAGACCUGAUGAGCUCUGCAGUGGCAUAUCUGUGUGGCCACCUGCACACGUUGGGCGGGGUGAUGCCCGUCCUGCACAGCCGGCACCCUCACGGCACUCUGGAGCUGGAGCUGGGCGACUGGAUGGACAACCGCAGGUACAGAGUUCUGGCCUUUGACCACGAUCUGCUGAGCUUCUCUGACCUGCGGUUUGAGCGCUGGCCUGCAGUGGUCAUCACGAACCCCAAAGAUGCUCAGUACCUGCACCCCGAGCUGGAGCCUUUAGGGCGAAUGCGGAAAUCGACGCACAUCAGGAUCUUAGCCUUCUCAGAGGCCUCCAUCACUGCAGUGCACGUGAGCAUCGAUGGGGAGUCCGUAGGGAGCGCUCGCUCCGCUGGGGGUCCUCUCUACGUCCUGCUGUGGGACCCGUCUCUGUACCUCGCUGGACUGCACACUAUUAAAGUCACGGUGGAGGACUCUGCAGGACGCUCGUCGGAGCUGGAGCAGCUCUUCACUUUGGAGGACGGUUUGAGUGUCAGCUUCUCUUUCCCUCAGUCCUUCAUCCUCCUCACAGACCACUACAUCCUGGGCCGGUUCGCCUUCAUAUUUACGGUCCUGCUGAACGUCGGCGUGCUCCUGGCCUUCAGGUUCCUGCGAGUUCCUGCUGGUAGAGGACUGCCCUCUCAGAUCUGUCUGUCCCUCCAUCUCGUCAGUAAAAUCGACCUCUUCUUCUACUCUCUGCUGCUGUUCAACCUGUGCACCGCUUUCGGUCCGUGGUUCAUCGGCGAGCUGAUCGACGGUCACAGCGGCGCCUGUUUCGCCUUCGGCCUGUUCAUCGAUGGACAUUUCCUGGAAGGAAGUCGCACUUACAUCGUUGGAGUUAUUCAACUGCUCUCCUUCAACAUGCCCCUCACCUCUUACCUGUGCUGGUGCCUGCACCACCGUUGCCGUGGCAACACCUUCCGGUCCCACUUCCAGCGGUCGGGUCUCCGCUGUCGGACGCUGGCGCUCCACCUGCUCAUGCUGCUCCUGCUCACCUGGCAGGCUCACUCCUGCUACUUCCUCCUGGAGACCUACGGCCUCGUGGCCUUUUUGCUGUCCCCCAUCCGCACCUGGGCCCUGCUGCUCAGCCUGCUACUGGUCUACCGCGCCUGGACAGGCCCCGCCCCUCUCGUUCGUGACAACAGCAGGAGCGCCUCUUCCUCCUGACGGCGCAGUACGACCACACGCCCCCCUGAAGGUCUCUCCACACAGCAUUCUGCUGUUGCUCCACUUUGAAGGACUGGACCCCCCCACCUCCACCACCACUUCCUCCUCCCUCCCUUCACAUCCUCUUUCUGGAUCAUGUUGUUUAUAUGCAUGUUAUUGUGAGGCACAUCACACAGAUGUGCUCAGUGGAAAUGGCAGCCUGGAUGCAUUCGGGGUGAAAUGGGAUAUUCCAGUGUUGUGGACAUUGUUGGGGGGGGGGUAUGCUGCUGUGACAGUUAUUCGUUUGACAUGAAGCACUUUUUUGGAAGUGUUGCCUUGGUAAAACGCCACUUCACCACUGCCAAAGGAUGACCACUUAGAUUGAACUUUUAUUUUGAAAAAUCCCUUUUGUUUGAUAGUGAAGGCUGGGUGUGCCAAAACGUCUUCGUCUUUAUGUUCUAAUAGAAUUCCCAUAAAUAAAAAGAUUGGAAAGUCAUUUUUAAAGUCCCACUCCUAUAAUUUUUUUUAUUUAUUUAUUUAUUUUUAAUCAGUUGUUUUCUGGGACAUAUUUUCUGCAGAGUGGCUGUAGUUCAUUAGGUAUUUGCCUCUAAAUUGUGGGUGGGAUUGUAGGCAUGGGUCAGCCCCACCCCCCUUUCCCAUCACCCGUCACAUUGCAGAGAGCAUCUCGAAAACACUUUUUUUUCUGACAUUUUUUCAUCUAAUAAGCAACAAAUUGAACAAAGAAAUGCUCAGAAAUGCCAUUUUAAGCUCAGUUUUCUUUAUAUUUGUGCGCCGUCAUCAGAAAAAUGCCACAACAAUUCGUCAAAAACACCAUUUUCAUUGGAGUGGGUCUUUAAAGCUUUUUUUGUUCAUCACAGCUGCAGGAUGGUUAACCUGGAUUUUUCUUUUAUUCUGUCCAGAACUGUUUGUUUGAAUCAAUGCCAGCUGCAACAUCUGCAGGUUUUCACUCUAAAAAACAACAAAAACAUUCUGAACUCAGAGGGCAGCUCCAGCUCCUUCAUGAAGAAAGAUGCUGUUUGUUUCUCAGGAAUGUUCGCAGAAACUGUUCCUCGUCGGGUUUUUUGGUUCCAUGUGGCGAAAAAUGUGACAAACCGCUUCAGUGGUGUUUUAU